AAAUACCAUGAACAAAUUGAAUGCUCAAGACAAUUAAGAUCAUUUAAAUGUUUAAAAAUUGUACAAAUGAACACUGUUAUUAAAGCAUGUAGAAUUUGCCAAAAAAUGAGGGUUAAUGCCAUUAGAGAAAAGGAAAAUAUUAAUCCUAAUGAAUCUGAGGUUUCAUGUCAAUCCAUUAACCCUCAUAAAUGUGGAGUUUCAUCUGGAUCUAUUAACCCUAACGAAUGUGCAGUUUCAUCAGGAUAUGUCUCUAUUGAAGACAUAAAGAAAAUAUUUCCGCAAGCACCAAAUGAAAUGUAACUAAUGCUUGUAGAACAGUCAAAAAAUAUAAGUAGACAUCCAAAUGGCAGACGCUGGUCAAAAGAUUUCAUUUCUACAUGUCUGCAAUUAUUCAAUAGAAGCCCAAAGGCAUAUGAACUCCUUGAACAAAGUAAAAUAUUGCUGUUACCAUCCAAAUCAGUACUUAUUUUGUACAAGAAUGCCAUUAAACAAGAUGCUGGAUUUGAUGAUGCAUGUUUUGAAUGGAUGCACGAAGAAGCCUUGAAAAAUGGAAUGGAUGAAGAACAUUGUGUUGGGGGGUUAAUAUUCGAUGAAAUGACAAUACAGACAGACAUUCAUUUUGAAAAUAACGGGGGACUACUUGAAAUGACUGGAUUUACGGACAUAGGACAGGAAGGUGACAUUUGCAAUAAACUUAGAAAUGGAAACUGUGACAAAUUAAUGGGAACACAUAUAUUGCAAUUAUUAUUUUUGGGUUUAAAUGGCUUUAGAUUCCCAUUUGCUCACUUUGUUACAAAAGGAAUUCAGGCUUCAGAAUUAUAUGGUUUGUUCUGGAAAGCCAUAAGAUUGUUGUAUACAUAUGGUUUUAAAGUAUUGUAUACAUGCAUGGAUGGAGCCCAGUGUAAUAGGACAUUUUUACAUGUAUGUUUAGGUGACAAUCCGGCAAGUUUUAUUUCAUCAAAUCCAUGCUACAAUUUUCCUGUAGUUUUCAUUAUGGAUAUUUCACAUGUAUUAAAAAAAAUUAGAAAUAACAUACUAAAAAGUGGAAAUUCCAAAGGCAGUACAAGACUUUUAACCCUACCAGAUAAAAGUGAAAUCCACUGGCAAAUGUUCACUGACUAUUAUGCUUGGGAUCAACAAAAUGCAUUGCAGUUACAUAGAAAACUUACAUCAGAACAUUUUCAUAUGGAUAAUCAACUAAAAAUGAGAAAUUCUUUGGCUGAAGAUCUUUUAUCAUCCGAAAUGUGCCAUUGUUUUACAUUGUAUAAAAAUGCUUUAGGUGAAAAGGGAAAAAUACUCAAUGGUGUUAUUGAACUACUCCAACAGACUUCAAAAAUGGUGGAAAUUUUUAGAGACAAAAUGCCUAUUUCAAAUAAAAGUGAUAAACGUUUACUCAAAAUUAAAGAAGUAGAUGUUUGGUUUGUGCAAUGGGAAAACGGUAUAUUAAAUGACACAGAUAUUGCCAAAAAUAAAAAAAUGAAAUGCUUGAUGUCUAAGCAAUGUAUGGAAGACAUUCAUUCCUGUUUACAAGGAUUUCUUGAAUUAACUGAUAAUGUUUUUGCUUUGAAAACAAACAUUCCAAUAACACCAGCCAUGAUCAAUUCAGAUGUGAUUGAAAAUGUAUUUUGCCAACAACGUGCAACAUACAAUGGUGCAAAUGCCAAUCCAUCUGCGUACCAAUACAAACAUUCAAUUAAUAGCAUUUUAUUGGGAGAACAAAAAAUUUCCAAAAAGGCCAAUGCUGCUAUGAAUGCUGAACCAGCAACACCACUAUUCAACAUAAGCAUGCCCAGUAAUAAUAAGAAAAGGCGAACAACUUGUCCAAAAAAAUCAUCUUAAAAGGCUGAUGAAUGUACGCAUUAACAAAGGCUUCAGCAAGUAACGCGGAUGGAAGUUGACAACACGCAACCCUUCUACACUUCUCACUCUAGAAAUUGCCACGCCUAACUGCCCAGGUUGAAAUAUGGAGCAACAGUCGAUUUCAACACUGAAAUACAAUUAUAACAUUAAAAUUUAAAAGUGUUCAAAAACUAAAGAAAUUUAUAAUGUGUGUACAUAGUUUUACAUUAUUGUUAAAAAUCAUUGUGUGCAAUAUAAUCCAAUGUUAAAAAAAUGUUAAUUAGUGUUAAUUUUUGUUAAAAGACUUAACAAUAAUAUAUACAAUGCAGAAAAACAAAUUUCAUUUAAAUGUUUUAUAGUAUUGAAAUAAAUAUUUAUUUUGUUAAGUUUAAUUUUUUUCAUGUAAACAAUAAUUAUACACGGUAUAAACAUGAUUAUGUUAACUUCAAAUUAUUAUUGAAAUUUAUUUAUUUAUUUAAUGUUCAUAUACAUAUAUAAUUAUAAAUUGCAUACUUCUCCAAUGUCAUUCCCUGUGACUUGUGAAUUGUCAACGCAAAUGCAGGUUUUAAAGGGAAUUGCUCUCGUUCGGCAGUAACUCUAUUAUCCUUUGGAUUGAACACUGAAAUAACAGUACAUUUAUGUGCAAUGUUUGAUGGCA